AGAAGGUUUAAGAGACGAGGAACGCACCGAAAUAUGCAUCAAUGAUAGUGCGAUGCGGCAACAGCCAAGCUAUCGCCAACAAGCUGCAGUACAAGAUCAACACCAACCUUCAGGCGCAUUCGUACCCGCUGUUUAACGGCGUGGCACCCAGAAUCAUCACCGUGUUACCGGUGUGGUUGGUGGAGGGCAGAACAACCACUAUCAGCCAUCGCAAGUCCGAGACGCGGACGGAGGAGGUCGGGGUCACGGACACGGAAACUAGGGAUCACAUGGCGAUCAGCUCCAAAGCAUCAAGCAACCCGACGACAACAACGACAGCAACAACAACAACAACAACAGCAGUCUUCUCUCGCAUCCAAUGGGGGAGUUAACAGCCGAGCGGGCUCGCCGUACGCAACACCUCGUCCCAGAUUCGAUCAAUCAGAUAAAACUACUCUGAAGACUAUGAUAGUAUGAUGAACUCGCAGAAUCAUCACCACCGAAGAUGGGAAGUUCGCGGCGCCACCACCGUCAAUGUUCGACGCAUUGGCAUCCCGAAAUCAGCACGUAUUCAGCUUUGGUUCGGAUCUGCUUCAGUCGUCCUACCAAAGUCACAUUGGACAUGCGGAAGUGGCCGCGGGAGACAAUUUGAUUGACCCUGGCGAUUUCACCAUCGCAGAACCAUCAAUUGGCAGCGUAGAAAAGCAAGCUAUCCUGUCGGCAGAGUGGCUUCAAGAAAAAUUUGUUCUGUGGAUUGAGUCCGUGAAGCGGUCCGCCAGCAAAGUUGUUCGGAAGGAUGUUACAGCCGACCUUUGCGUCAGCGCCGCGUGCCAACGACUCACUGUCCGUCCUGAGCGAACUUUCGCUGGGCAGUACCAACGCUGGCGCCGAGUUGACCUGGAGUACGCGGGAUCUUCGUCAGAUGCCCGUAAUUCAUUCCGGGGAGGAGUUGGGCGUGAUUGGAAGAGGAUUUUUGGAGAUACGAAGCGGCACUGGCUGCGCUUGGUGAUGCUGGUGAUCUCCACGUCGCACCAGUAUUCGAGUGCGAGUUGAAGAGGG